AUGUCUACCCCCCUCCGCAUUGUCAUGGCCUGCGACGAGGCCGGCGUCCCCUACAAAGAAGCCAUCAAAGCCACCCUCCAGAAAAACCCCCUCGUCGCCGAGAUCCUCGACGUGGGCGUCAACUCCUCCGACGAUAAAACCGCCUACCCGCACCCAGCCGUGGAAGGUGCCACCCUCAUCCGUGAAGGCAAAGCAGACCGAGGCCUUUUCAUCUGUGGCACGGGACUGGGCGUGGCCAUUGCCGCCAACAAAGUGCCCGGCAUCCGGGCUGUGACUGCCCAUGAUCCAUUUUCGGUGGAACGAUCGAUUCUGAGUAACGAUGCCCAGGUGCUGUGUAUGGGUCAACGGGUCAUCGGGGUUGAGUUGGCGAAAAAGCUGGCCUCGGACUGGCUGAACUAUCGGUUUGACCCUAAGAGUGCAUCCGCGGCCAAGAUCCAGGCCAUCACCGACUAUGAGAUUCAAUUCCAUGUUCUCCGUACUCCGGACUUCCGGUUCUUGUAUCGCAAUUGCCUAGUCGCACAUCUACUUACUUUGUACGCCAUGGCGCAGGAACUCAAAGCAAAGGGCAACGAGCUCUACAAAGCCGGCGACUACAGCGGCGCCGAGGAUCUGUUUUCCCAAGCGCAAAAAAACCCACACGAUGCAACUUUCUUCUCAAACCGCGCCAUCACCCGAAUCAAACUAGCCAAGUGGGCCGGUGUCGAACAUGACGCCCGCGCCGCUAUCGAAAUCUACGGCCUGAAGAACCCCACCGCUCUCAAGAGCUGCUGGUAUCUUGCGCAAGCCCUCCUCGGCCUCCAACGCCCCCAGGAAGCAUACGACGUCGCAGCCGACGCAUACCAACAGAGCCUGACGACGAAAAACGCACAGACGGAAAACCUGUCGCGCACGGUGCUACGGGCAAAGCAACAGAUCUGGGCCGCGCGGGAAACUUCACGAGUCCGCGAGCUGAAUGAGACACUUGGCGCUGUUGAGGCGCUCAUCGAGACAGAUGUGGCGCGUGCGCUUGCCGAGCUGCAGGGCCGAUUGGACCGUGGCGAAAUUGGAGAGAUUGGUUUUGGGGAGGAUCAGAAGGCGCUGAGAGAGGAUGCCGAGGUGAAGGUGGCCAAUCUGCGGGACGCUUUCCGCAUUGCGUCUCAGGGGGAGGUGAAGGAACGGGCUGUGCCUGAUCAUCUGGUUGAUGGGAUUACCUUUGAGAUCAUGCAUGAUCCUGUGAUCACGCCUUCUGGCGCCAGCUUCGAUCGUCUCGCAAUCACCAAGUAUGUUGAGAAGGCUGGCGUGGAUCCCUUGACGCGAGCUCCGAUGACCGUGGGUGAUCUGCGGAAUAAUUAUGCGCUCAAGGCGGCCUGCGAGGAAUUCCUGACUCACAACGGAUGGGCUGUGGAUUGGUAG